UUAUGUAUUUAUGAUUUUAUUUAAUGCGAACGUCACAAACGUUUCCUCCCCCCGCGGAGCUCCACAGUGGACCGACCCGGGCAACAGGAAAACAUCCUCCUCCUUCUCCUCCUCCGCCUGCUGGGGUCACAGCAGCCCCCAGCCCGGGCUUUAAAAGCAGCCAGCCGCCACCUCCUCCUUUUUCUCCUCCCUCCACCCUUCCUCCUCCUCCUGUCGGGGCUGUGAGGACGGAGCGCCUCCUCUCCUCUCAUCUCCGGUCAGCCUGAUUCUCCUGCUCGGAGAUCAGGUUCAGCUGAGGUCGCUCUCCUCUCACCGAUCUGGUGUCAGAUUUUAUGGUUGGACAGCGAUGGAGGGGGGGGGAGGGUGAAGCUGCUCUCCUGACUCUGAGGACAAGCGUAACCACAGCAGCCGUUAGCAGCGGCUGGGCGUCGCCCGGCUGGGCGAGCUGAUAAACAGCAGAGGGGAGGGGGAGGAAGGGAGGAGGACGACGAGAUGAAAGGAGGUGGUGGGGGACGGUCAGAGGAAGGAUGGAGGAUAUCCUCCCCCAGCUCUCGUGUUGUUUAGGUAGAAGGUGUGCCCCCUCCCCUCUGACAGCCUCGCUGUGACUCUCCAGCAGUCGUCCGUCCUCAGCAGCUCCAAACACCGUCUGAGCCUCACCGCGGCAACCUGAACAUCACCACAAGUCUGCGUCUACUUCCUGAAACUCUUCGCAGCCAAUCAGAGAGCUUACUGGAGAGACCAAACUGAGAAAUCUGCUUAAAUCAGGUCGGAGCGACUUUCGUGUCCACAGCUAUGCAGAAGGUGGAGGGACAGGUAACUCCGGUCAACCUGCCGUCCUCGAGGGGCCCGAGCACCCCGGGGUCUCCGGCGACAGGCAUCGUGGCCCGUGUCAAUGACCAGGUGGUGGGCUACAGAGACCUGGCGGCGCUGCCCAGAGAUAAAGCCAUCCUGCAGGUGGAGAGACCGGACCUGAUGACCUACCAACCCCACCUGAGCUUCUCCCCGCUCGACCUGCCACGCAGAGAGGUGCAGAGAUCUCUGUCUCCUCCAUCCACGUCUCCAGCCUUGUCUCCAACCAUGUCUCCUGAGGUGAAGGGGCGCAGGGCAGAAAGUGAGAGCGGUUCUCCUGGAGGAUCCACGUUGCAGCUGCAGGCCGGACGCAAGAUUAGCACAAGCCUGCAGCAUUUCCACCGACCAGAUAACGGGACCAACAUUUACAGGAAGCCUCCCAUCUACAAACAGGACGCUCACAAACACGGCGAGGGCAGCGGCGUCAUCCAGUCAGCAAAGUUUCCCGCAGCCCAGCCACCAGAUCCCAACCAGCCCUCCAAGAUUGAGACAGAGUACUGGCCCUGCCCACCCUCGCUGGCCGCAAUGGAGAUCGAGUGGCGGAAGAAGAAGAAGGAGCUGCAGGAGGAAGACGAGUUUGAGGACCUGACAGAAGAAGCGAAGACGCUCCAGGAACAGGAGCUGGAGAAGAUCAAGUCCAACCUGGGCCGUCUGAUCCUGAAGGAGGAGAAGGAGAAAGCCGUCCAUUUCAGGAGGAAGACGCAGUCAUUGCCCGACAGAACGCACAUGCACGGCAGUUUGUCAGCAGGUGCCUCCAAGUCUCCAUCACGCUCAGGAUCAGGCCUGACCCGAAUGCAGUCGGCAGAGUUUUCCACAGAUGGCGAUAAAGGACGGCCAGUUGCUCAGAACGGAGACGCUCGCAGGGAGCGCAUGGACCGAGGAAACUCUUUGCCAAGCAUCCUGGAGCAGAAGUGUAGUAUCCGAGUACUCCCUCCAGCUGAUGGCGUGCUGUGUAUUUCAGAUCUACCCCUACGAGACGCUUGUUGUGACCCACAGAGGGCGCUGUAAGCUGCCUCCAGGCGUGGACCGCACUCGGCUUGAGCGGCACCUGUCCCCGGAGGAGUUUGAGCAGGUGUUCGGGAUGUCGAUGGCCGAGUUCGAGCGCCUCUCGCUGUGGAAACGAAAUGAACUGAAGAAGAAAGCCUCGCUUUUCUAACAGGAAGUGACCUCAUCCCAACAAAUACUUGAUGAAGCUUUCAAAGUAGGAGGAGAACAAAUAAAAUAUCCAAUUCUCAGACACACACAGAGCCAAUCACCUCACUCCGACACGUCCUCCAUCUUACUAACCAAUCGGGCUCCUGGACGCUUGCCGAGGAGCAGACCAGUCCUGGUUAACCCUUUACUGCAACUAACCUUAACCGAUGCACUGAUUACCUGUGCUGCACAUAUAAUCACCACUGCUUACAGAUCACCACCUUAUCUUCAUCAUCUUCAUCACAUGUAAUCUCUGUAGCUCUGUCUCCUCACGUGGAUUAUUCCCGGCUCCGGGUCUGAUCCACGUCAGGGACCUGCUGCGGGUCCCUCAGAUUUCACGCCAUCUUCAGGUGUUACGCUAACAUGAAGCUGCUUCACUUUCAUCCUUGUAGUUAGACAGUUAGAUGGGAUUAUUAGUGGGAUAGUAAAAAUGAAAAUGACCUCUUACAGCUUUCCCAAUCAUUUCCAGGUCUAGGAAAGCCAUUAUGGACACCUCAUAAGGAUUUGCGGAAAGAGCAGACCUCAAUCUCCAGCGUAUCCUGGGUCUGUUAGUCAAACCUCAGAUUCAGGGGGAUCAUGAUCUGUAUUUACAGAGCUUUCUUUUUAGUGACGGCCCAUUAUCACGGGCUCAGCACAUUCUGCUGAUGAAGGAAGCCUGCAGCUCCUCCACGAUCCUUCACAGAUCUUCAGAGCAGCUCUGGGAGUUGCAGAGACUUCAGGAUGUCUGAAACCCUCCAGGCUCCUUCAGGCUGGCUGUAAUUCCCCGGAAGACCAGCAGAGGGCGCUCUAAGCUUGCCAUCAGCCUGUUCUGUCAGCUGCAGAGAAGCAGGCUGCUCGUGGUGAUGAUUGUGGUCCUGCAGCUUCAUGGUAGCGGUCCGGGUCUAACAGCUGAUUGUAAUGAUUAACCACAUGCAGCUUUUAUUUAUUGGACGAUUGUACUUUUUCUGCAUUUGUCUGCUACUGUGAAGCGUUUUAUUUUGAAAAUCUUGUUGAAAAUAUUUUUGGCUGUAUAGUUUUUUUUCUGUUUUUAAAUAUUACUCCACGUGGAGUUCAGACCACACACACCUGCAGUUCCUGCUAGCUCACCUGGUGUCACCUGUGCCGUCUCAUCCAUCCCUCGCAGUCCUGUUUCUGUCCUCUGAUAUAACGGAGACCAAUAAACUUGCAGAGAAA